GAUGACACUUCAAAUUAUACAAAAAAAAAUAAACAAUAAUAUUUCAACAAGACAUCUUGACAUAUAUUGACUUCAAAAUGAAAACAAUCACAAUUGACCAGCCGAUUAACUUACGAAUAGUAAAAUUUGAACUAGACUUCUCUUCUUUAUACUUAGAUGAAGAGAAGCCGCAGAAAAAAAACAAAAAAAUUAAAAUACCAAAAGCCCAUUCAUUGAAGAAAGAAAGACAUAUUCCACCACCUCCGCCAAUCAAAAGCGUUGAACAGAAGCUGGAAGUAAAGGACUUGAUAGAUCAAUUACUAAACGACAUUUAUGCAAAUCAACGGGAUUGGUGUAGUAGCAGCGUCAUCGAAUGCAGUCAAGGAUCAACAGCAGCUGCAUCCUUUACGUCAUCACAAUCGAACUACGGAGAACAAACAGAUGCCAUUGAACGAAGCUACCUAGAAUCCUUAGAUAUUCAACAACUCAGUGAUCAAUUGAUUGAAUGGAAAGGCAGUUUACAAAUAACUGGAGAGCGCUUAGCAAAAUAUUUGCGGACACGAGAUCGACUUUAUCGACAACAGAAAAAACUAUGCGCGGCUUUCACCGUGCUUCUCCACCAUAUUACUGGCGAUACGAGCGCUCGCUUUGGAGUCACACCGGGCAACGAAGGCCCCGGCGAGGGCGGCUUCGCGGAGUGGCUGCAUGCAAUGCGCCUCGUCGCUCGUCUUCCUGCCGGGGUACCACAACAUUUUCGAAGAAAACUAUGGCUGACGCUAGCAGAUCGCCACUUGACCGCGCGGGGCAUCGACUGGCCGGUCGCCGAACGUGCAUGCUUCAGAGGGACCGCUCAGCCCGAUGAUACUGAACUUAGUGCUCAGAUUCUCAAGGAUUUACAUCGGACUGGCUGUUCUCUUUUUUGUGGAGUAGAAGGACGAGAAAAUCAAGCUAUGCUUCGGAGAGUGUUAUUAGCUUAUGCCAGGUGGAAUAAAGAUGUUGGUUAUUGUCAAGGUUUUAAUAUGUUAGCCGCUAUUAUAUUAGAAGUUAUGGAUAAGUCAGAAUCAGAUUCGCUAAAGGUAAUGAUAUACCUAGUUGAAGCGGUGCUACCAGAGGGAUAUUUCGCUGAUGAUCUCCGAGGCUUAUCAGCCGAUAUGGCUGCCUUCAGAGACCUCCUACGACUGCGGCUACCACGUCUUGCCCAACAUAUGGAUCAUUUACAAAGAAUAUCCGACGGUGGAGGAGUAGAACCCCCUUUACCAGAUGUAUUUACGAUGCAAUGGUUUCUCACGCUUUACGCCACAUGGCUGCCACGAGAUUCAUUGCUAAGAAUCUGGGAUCUAAUCCUACUAGAUGGCAAUGAAAUCCUAUUACUUACGGCACUUGCCAUCUGGGAUAUGCUUCAAGAUCGCAUUUUGUCAGCACGGUCGGCAGAUGAGUUCUACAGUUGUAUGGGAGGAGGUGUCGGUGCAGUGUGGGAAGCUGGAGAGACUCUAGUUGUAAGAGUUGUUGCUUUCAACUCAGCACCUGAACUGCCGCGUUUGCGAAGUCUGCACAGAUACAAAGUAUCACCACCAGCACCACCAAAUGCUCCACCAGCAUCUCAUCCUCCUUUACAAUCAGCUGUGCAGUCAAUGACGAAACGUGGUUUGCGACUUUUUUACUCUGAAGAUGAAGGUGAUUCUAGCGAUGAUGGAAAUAAAAUGGCGUUAGCGACGGUUAUGCCCAGACGGGAAGAUAGAGCGGGUGAUCGAUUGUCAUUAGAUAUAGGAGCACUCAAAAGACAAUAUGCCCGUCUUCGUGAAAGGCAGCGACAAGCUCAUGUUAUCUUAGCUGCUGCAUGUGCUCGACACGCUGCAGUUGGUGUUCCCACUUCUCCUACUUCACUAACAGUUAAUAAUUUGCUUCUGGGAAAAAGUGCAAUAGUUAGUUCAAGGGGACGAAGACUUGGUCCUCCACCGGGAGCUAUACCACCAUCACGCCAAACAACAUCUCUCCCUGAAAUAACAUGUCAACGUCAGAGCAAAGCUGCAAAUGAUACUAUUAGCUGGCAAGAUGAAAAAAGCCGAAAAUCACAAAAUAGAAGAAAUUCUGUUAAAUGGAAAGAUAUUAAGAAGGAAAAAAAUGUAGAAAUAGGAAGAAAAACGUCAAUUGAUUUAGAAGAAGCUGGUGAUGGCGUGAUAGUAUCCGAAUUAGAAGCUAAUGCAAUGAUAGCAUCAAUGCGAUCUCGUAGCUCUAGCGAAACUUCUUCAUAUUCUUCAAGGUCUGAAUCUAGUACAGAUACUAGUCUUUGUGAUGAAAAUGAAAAAGCAAGUGAUUCGGAACAAGAUUUUCCAUUUGAUGAUAAAGGAAAUAAUGGCUUAAAUCCUAGAAUCAAAAAGCAAUCUGCUAAACAAAAUUCUCCAAUGUAUAAAAAUAUCAAAAGUAGUCCGCCUAUUAAUAAAGAACCUUCUUUUAGCUGUACUUCUUCACCAGAAAAAAAUUUAAGUACGACAGAAAUGAAAGUAAAAAAUAUUUCUGAAUAUCUUGACUCCGCUGCUGGCGAACCCUUACGUGUUUAUAUAGAUGGUUUUGAAUUAAAGUUAAAAGAACCGCACGAUAUCAGCAAUAAGAAAAAAGGUCUAACUACAACGUACCCGCUAAAGUGUAUGCGUCAUCCUAGAUUAUUAUAUGAUAAAAAGUAUUCUUUUCAGAAACCAGAAUAUGAUGAAAGAAAGAGUCACAAAAAAACGAAUGUGUCAAAAUCCACCACUUUAACAGAUUAUAGCCCUAUUAAUUCAUCAUCUUGCCAUUGCGUUGUUAAUUUUGACUCACAAUGUAAAGAAUUACCUCAUAAACUAUGUUCUACCGCAAAACUACAAAAAAAUUCAAGACCUCCAGACAUUAUAGACAGUUUCGCUAUGAACCCGAAUUUUGUACCUGAUAUUGACCUAUCUGAGGGAGCAAUUCCAUAUGCUGAAAGUCCUUCGAGAAGUCCUGGUUCUGAUAGCCUUAUUAUCAGCGAAGAUGAACCACCAAUUCCAUUGAAAAUUGAUAAAUAUUUUGAACACAGUCCAGAAUUUUUUGGAGCUCGAUUAUCAGAUCCUAAUAAUUCUGAUAUUCCAAGUCGACGUCCCACAAAAAGAAACUCACGUUUACCUAAAAAACCAGAUUCGUUAACACUUCAAAGUAAUAAUAAUGAAAGGAAUUUAAAAACUGAAGUUGAACGGGCUUCCUCCUUACCGCAAAGUCAUAGUUUUAUAUGUCAAAAAUCAGUAAGCCCCGGAAUAAAUGAAGAAGGAAACCUUGAAAUACAAAUGAACAAUAUUAAAUAUAAUAAUAGUAAAAAUAUUUCUGAAAGUUCAAAUAAAACAAAUGUAGAAGAACUACUUGCAGACACAGACACAAUUGCAUCAAAAGAAUAUAUGUUACGAUCUGGUCGGAAAAAUAGCGAAAGGGCUUUACAAAUAAUUCAAGAAAAUUCACAAAUACUAAGUCGAAUAUUAACAAAGCAAAAUAUUUCUGCAGUAAAUAGUAAUUCAUUGCAAGAUAGUAUAAGUAAAAAUGUAGACAAAAAAUUCAAAAGUAGUUUACCUUCUCCAAAAAUAACCGAAACAAAAUUAUUAAGCUCCCCUUUGCUUAAAGAAUCCACCUCCGAUUCAUUAAUAGGUUGUCUUAAGAGAAUUCCUAGAGAAGUGACAACCGACAAAACUGAUAUUUUAAGAGCUAGACCAAUAUCAAUUGAUGACCCCUUUUCGUUAGAUACACGCAAUGUCGCAACUGGAAGUGACGAGUUUUCAUUUAAAAGUAUUAAAACACCUAGUAUUGAAGGUCUUGGUAACAAAACAGAUUUAUAUGGGUGGGAAAAUAAAGGUUUUUAUGCAAAAUGUGAUUAUAAAAGUAGCUCAAGUCGAACGGAACAUGUUGAUAGUGAUUACAAAAAUACGGAUUCUGAAAUUUCGAUUUCUAGUAGUUUACAGCAUAAAAAUAGAAGGCCUAUAUCAGAUGAUUGGUCGAAAUAUUCUUUUUCGAGUGAUUCAAAGAUUUCCGUUACGUUACCCUCUUCAGAGUCAAAAGAUGUAUCGACCUAUGAACGUCGUUUUACGUCUGAUGAUUAUAAUUGUUCUUUAACGAAUUCUAACAAAUACAAUGAUUCAUUAUUGAUAAAAGUAAGUGACGAGUGCAGUAAGACAAUGGAUCAAACUCCAAAAGUAUGUGAAAAUUUAGUAAAAACCGAAAAUAGCUCAUACAGUGAUUUUUCCCAGAGAGUAACAUCGUCUAUUAGUUUUACGUGCGAUCCGUCUUUGGAUGAUGAUUCACCAAUGGGUGCAAAAAGUAAUUCUAGUGAUACGUUAUGCCAAAUUACAUCAUUAGACCAAGUUUCUACGCCUAUUUCACCAAAAGUAUUUCCAAAUAAAGAUACACCAACACUUUCAAGGGACUCGAUGGAAAUAAGUGAUAAAGCUAAGAUUGAAAAUGAUGACACUUGCAGUGCUAUAACCUCUCUUUUAGAUACAGAUACAUUGUCGUCAUUGUCGUACCCACGCAGUCCUUCGACAGGUUCCUACCAUCCAUUUCCAACACGGCCACCCAUUCGCUUGCCUAAAGAUAUUGGAGUUAGAUUGGGUAUGUAUCCAAAAGAAUCGAUAAAUUCUCCGCAAAAAUAAAAACGAGUCCAAAUAAUGCAAAUACAAUUUAUUUUAUUAUUGUAUGUUGUUUCAUUAUUUUAAACUUUUUAUAUAUAUUUUGUGUUAGCUUAGUUAAUUUCGAUAUAUCUAGAAAUAAUUUUUCGAAAUAUUUACUUUAUUAAUUGUUAUAUCGGCUAAUCUUGCAUGAUUUAAGUGGAUAAACAAUUAAAUAUUACUUUGGUUAUAGUGUAAAAUAAUACAUAUUUUAAGCUGAUAAUAUAAUUCGCUUAAUAGCUAAUUCAGAAUACGAAAAGCUUUGUAUAAUAAAAUAAAAAAAAUUAACCGCUUGAAAUUUACCGUAUUCUAUUUGAGCUUUAUAAAAUGAUGUAAAAGAAACUGAAUAAUCACAAUACCUUCAUUUUGGUGUUUUUGAAAUGAAAAACAUAUAU